AUGUCACAGUCGGUCGAUACACCCAAGCCCAAGGCAGAGACAGCUGCGGGUGAUGCAGCGUCAGGCCAGAACACUGCUCCCGAUGCCGACUACCUUUCAGCCGUCGAUGCCCAACGAUACUCCGACAUGGCAUCUCAGCCUUCGUCGCCGGGCUACAGCCUCCUGUCGCGAACCACUUCCAACGGAAGCCUCAGCGAGCCCGACGAUGAGAGCUUCCCUCCACUGGACCGCUUGACCAUGUUCGACAUACUCGAGAACCUUGCUCUGCCUCAGAGAUUGGAGCGCUUCCAACAUUCCAUCACCGCCCAGAAGGAGAAGGUGCUCCGCCAACAGCAGAAGCUCAGGUUGUCCAGCAUCACAGCCAAAGACAAGAUGGUCGAGGAGUGGAGACGUCGCGUACCCACGCCUGACGAACAGUUGGACAAGUACAAGAGACGGAUGCGCGACAACGUCGACAGACUGGGCAAGAGAUGGAACGACGCCAAAGCCGUCACCCUCCGAGAGAAGCUCUCCUUCAUCACCGGUGUCCUCAACAUCUUCAUCUCUGGCUACCUUAUUGGUGCCUAUCCCGAGUACUUCCACAUCUGGUACACCGUUCAGUUGAUCUACUUCAUGCCCAUGCGCUACUACAAGUACCACCAGAUCGGCUACCACUACUUCCUGGCCGAUCUGUGUUACUUUGUCAAUCUGCUCAUGCUCUUGACCAUGUGGUUCUUCCCUGGCAGUAAGAGACUGUUCAUCAGUACCUACUGUCUGGCCAUGGGCAACAAUGCUGUCGCUAUUGCCAUGUGGAGAAACUCGCUGGUCUUCCACUCCCUGGACAAAGUCACGAGUCUCUUCAUCCACAUCAUGCCAUGCGCAACGCUUCAUUGUCUCGUCCAUCUCAUUCCCAAGGAGCUGCAAAAGGAAAAGUUCCCUGCCAUCUACAGCAUCAAAUACUCGCCCUCGACUUCUCCUGAACACUACACUCUGGGUGGCAUGAUCGUGUGGGCCACCGUACCCUAUGCUUGCUGGCAAUUGAGCUACCACUUGCUCAUCACUGUGAGGAGAAAGGACAAGAUUGCUGCCGGUCGUCCCACAUCCUUCACGUGGCUUCGCAAGUCCUAUGCAAAGAACCCUCUCGGAAAGUUCGUGCUUUCGCUGCCCAAUGCUUUGCAAGGACCCGCCUUUAUGCUUAUCCAAUACGGAUACGCUCUUAUCACCAUGACACCUUGUCCUCUGUGGUUCUGGUCCCGCUGGGCUAGUGCAGGUUUCCUUAUGGUCGUCUUUACGUGGGCCACCUACAAUGGCGCCACUUUCUACAUUGACGUUUUCGGCCGACGCAUGGAGAAGGAGUUCGAAGCUCUCAAGAAGGAAGUUGCAAGGUGGCAGACCACUCCUGACGGCAAAGCCAUUCUUGACGAGACGGAUCCUGCUUUAAAGACGGUCAAAAAAGAGUCACAAACGCAACCUCAUCACUCUGAGAACGUUGAAGGCAUCGACCCCAAACAGGGCUCAACCUCGAGAGAUGGAGCUGCCAACGCUGAGGGUGUCCGACAGAGAUGA